GGCGGGAGGACUUGGCUUGGUUUACGGUGCUGAUCAGCCACAAACAGAAGGUUACGAGUUUAAACAAUUGGACUAUUUCGUCGUCAGACUGGCUUCGCCGCUACGAGAGUGACACGAACUAUGUCGGGUGUCUAAUCGGAGCUUGUUGGGUCGCUUUUGAGGGGUCCCCGCGGUGAUUUGCAACAUUACGGGCUUUUCGAGGAGACAACCUCGCUUUUAGGUCGUUCAAGUGGCGAUGCUGAGCUGAUAGCUGCGUCAUCAUGUUGCUUCCGACUCGAGUUGGCGAAAAGAAAUCUCAAGUUAACGCCAGCGGUGAGGCUGCCCGCCGUCAUCCAGCUCCGGAGGCCACUCCCGGCCCCUGAAAUAGAUGGAAGACGGACUGCGGGUGAGCGGUUGGCGGUGAAGCCCGGUUACAUGGUCGCUGUGAAAGUGGUGACUUUACAUCACUUGGCUCGGCGUUAUUGGCGCGAUAAUUACUCUCCUUGGCUGCUUUUUACUAUCUAACACUUUGGAUGGACAGUCAACAAAUCUACGGAUGUUGCGCAGCGUUAAAAGCCGCAAAAUUGUACGAAAAAUAUGACCGAAUGUUUUCGGAGCAUAAAGUGCAACUGUAUUGAUGUUUUAGGGAUGCUAGCCACAAUUGUUUGCAUGGUGAGAAGUGAUGCCCUCACUGACAGCUAGGGCACAAAGCAGGACCCUCCAGUGAAACGACUCUGAUCUGAUGGUGGCUUUCUUCUUUUAGCGCCAGUUGAGAAAAACACACUUUAGUAAGCCAUAAUGAGAGACUUUACGGUUCAUUUGAGCUAAUUGGCUAAUGGGUGACCGUCCACUUGGGCAUGUCAGGCUAUUAGCAAGGUGUCAAAUAGUGUUUGUUGGGACUUACUGGUAGCUCGGUGGUUUGUUGUCUGUUGUCACCGCAUCCACGUGGACUUUGUUUCAAGUAAAGUUCUGUGGCUCGCGACCCGGCCCAGCAAAAGGGGGCCGAGUGUCUGCUUACUUCAGAGAGGCAGAAGCUGUGGUCCUCCCCAGCCUGGACAAAGUUGCAUGUUACACCAGAAUAUAAAACCGGUUGAAAUGGCCGGCAACCGCACCCACACCAACGCUCAUUACGCGAGCGCUGAGACGUUUUGUCCGUCCAAACCCUGGUCGGAUGGAGACAGAGAGAUGGAGGCAGCCGGGAUCUCGGAAGGGCGUGGAAACCCCGCAAGGUGCGCGUCCAACUUUGAGGUGAUAGACGGGCUGCUGUACCGCAAGAAGCUGGAAAAAGGCUUCAUCAACUACCGGGAGGUUCUGGAUGAGGACCGGAGACAUGAGGCCCUCUCAACCUUUCACCGGCGGCGGCGGCCUGCCCAGCGCCACCUCUCCCUGGAGGAGACCUACAAAUGCGUGGCUGAAAACUACUGGUGGGAGGGGAUGUACUUCCAGAUCCGAGAUUUUGUCCUGAGCUGUCCAGAAUGUCAGCUCACCAAGAAAACCGAGGAGCUAGGUGGCAGAAGAUGUGUCACAAAGACGAUGGCGUCGCACGGCGCCGACAUGCUGAACAAGCUGAGGAGUCAGCGGGAGGCGGGGCUGUUCUGUGACAUUACCCUGCGGACGAACGGGCGAUCCUACUCUGCCCACAGAGCCGUUUUGGCAGCCGUCAGCGAUCACUUCCAGGAAAUCUUCACAGAGAUGGACUCGAGCAUGAAAGCAGACAUAGAUCUCACCGGUUUUAGUGAAGACAGCCUUCUGUCUCUGCUGGAUUUCUCCUACUCCUCCACUCUGUGUGUUCGCCAGGAGGACCUACCUGAAGUCAUCGCCAUGGCCCGCCACCUGGGCAUGUGGCCUGCUGUGGAAGCCUGCUCUGCACUCAUGAAAGAGCAGGAACAGCAGCUCCAUCCUGGCCAGGGCUUUACCUCACCCUGUGCUGGUGCGUGCAUUGGGCGUCACCGCCAGCAGAGGGAAAGCAAAAGGAAAAGGGAUUUGGGAUUACAGGACAACAUGAACGACCGCUUCAGUCUCACACUGGAUGCAUCUGAUGAGUCUAUAGAAGGAAGUCCAAGGCGCAAUCUGCGCAGGACACCGAAACCCCAAGGCCACAACGGUCUCCCUCUGAGUCCCUCACACAGGAUGAAGCUCAUGGACUUCAAAUCUCCCUCUUCAAAGAAAGCCACUGCACCUCGACACUCCAUAGCCACACAGAAUUACUCGCCCAUGUCACCAUCAAACACCCGCCUUCUCCGCUCCACUCCUGGGGCUGCCAAGGAGGUUCAGAGACUGCUACCUGUUCCAGAGACCCCCAGACGAACCCGAAAACAUGACUCUAUCACCCGGCUCUCGUGUGCCUCCAGAUUGAGGCCCAGCGCUGUGUGCAGCCCUGUGAGGGUAAAGCAGGAAGUGGAGGAGGUUGGAGAGGAUGAAGAGGAUUAUGCGAGAGCACAGGAGAAGUACAAGUUGAUGAAUGUCCUUGGGUUACAGAGGACCGCCCUCCUCCCCAGACCAGAAGAUCUGAUUGGCUGGAGACAAAAGAAGCGACUGAGGAAACUGAAGGCUAACAACUAUUCACUGACCAAGCGGCGGAAACCACGCCCCACCUGCCCAGGACUACCAUUUGGGGAUGUGACACUGUCACUUCCUCUCUGUAACCCCGUUAACACUCGCCUCCUCAACAAGUCAGUAAAAACCAAGCCUGUGGGUCCAGUCAGCACAGCGCAGAUGACUGCAAAGAGGCCAAAGACCAUCCAGCGACAUGUCCCUCCAAGUGACAGGAGCAUGCGAAGUAAAGGUAUGUUACCAGAUAUGUUCCAGCCUGCAUCCAGGUCUUCCUUUGGUGGGAGAGAACUCAGACGGUCAGUGAGGAAGGGUGACGCUGCCCACCUUGCUGCCCAGCUACCUCUGCGACGCAACACCAACAAAACUCUAGGGAGAAACACAGUCAGGAUCAAAUCAGAACCAGCUGAAUACUCUAUCUCAGGUCUACCUCUUUCAUCAAACAAUUGCUGUGGCCACACACCUCACAAAUCCCCACCUUCACAGAGGACACACACCAGAAACAAGGUCACUGUAGAGCCGGUCAAAACGCUGCGUUACAACAGCAGCCGACCAGCAGCAAAGGCCAAGCUUCGGCGGAUCUCCACAAGGGAGGUGGAGAAGACCAAGUGUAAGCCCAGAGAGGAGGGGAGGAAGGUGGGAAGCCAGGAGCUGAGGGGGGUCAUGGGCACUAAACCGAAAGUGAAGGUUAAUGAACCUGGUGGGCUCCAGUUUUCAGAGCAAGCACCUCCACCGUCCAUCUACAACCACCCUCUGUACAAAGUCAUCAAAGAGGAGCCAGCAGAACCUAUGCCAGUUGUUGGACCUUUCCCUGAUCCUCCCUCACCAGACCUGGGCAAGCGCCAGAGCAAGCCCCCCAUCAAAUUACUGGACUCAGGCUUUCUGUUCAGCUUCUGUCGGCCGGCAGGGGGGCCGAUGCCCGGAAUGAAGAAAGAAGAGGAGAGCGUGGAUAUCUGCUUAACACGCUCUGUGUCACAAGUCGGGGAGAAAUUUGGAGGGGCGGAGUCCCCCCACAGGGCACUGAGAGCCAGAGGGCCAUCCGCCCUGCCUGUGGUGAAGAGGGAGAGGGAGGAGAGAAGCGUGAGCCAAAGAAAGGUUCAGAGCCCGAGGCCAAAACCACGAAACAACACUCUUCACCUGGCCAAGUCUGCCGGGUCGAAGGCCAUACCGACCAUGCCAAAGCAGCAAGUUAUACUCCCUCUGAACAGCAGGAGCUGUGUCAUGCCGGAUGCAGUACGUCGGGCACGGCUAAAGCAGCUUCGAGGACCUCGUAGUCAAGCACCCAAAGUCCCAAAAACGGCCCAUGCCUGUCUGCAGUGCUCAGCCUCCUACAAGGACUGUGAUGCCCUAAUCAUGCAUCGCGUCAGGCACAUCGAGGGCAAGCACUGGCCAUGUCCGCUCUGCUGCAAGACCUUCUUUCGACUGAGGAAUGUACGGAACCACAUCCGCACCCAUGACCCCAAGUUGUACAAAUGCCGGAGCUGUAUCAUUGCCGGUUCCUGAGGCAUCUGGAGUGUAGCAGCGAGUGUAAGCAGCGAGACAGAGGAUGAAGGCUGUCCGUGUCUGACACCAGCGAACAGACUGAAGCCAGAGGCACAUGAUCGAUCAGCAGCUUGUAUAUAAUGCAUCUGUCACACACAAGCACCGCUGUGGAAAGGCAAUAUUACUCAGAUUCUUAUCAUCACCGUCGUCAAUGAUUGCUGAUGUUAUUUAAAUAACCAAACCGAUGUUGCUGGUCCUAUUUGCGUAUCGUAGCUACAGAAGAUUAAACUUGAACAGUACACUCAGGGGGUGGGGAAUGUGAUGCCACAGUAUGUGGUUUGUGUAUAAAAUGAAAUGUAAAGUGAUUGUUAUAACUAUUACUGCUACUUAUUGUUAUCAUUAUUUUUCUAUGUAUAGAUGAAUUUUGAGUGUACUUAUAACUUGUGUUGUAAACCUAAGAAGUGGUGAAAUCUGAAGGUUCGGAGUCCAUGAGUCUGGAGUCCAUGAGGCAAGAGUACUUGAAGUGAUACAAGCGCUGGAGGGAAUACUUGAAGAUGGAGGGGUCUCCAGAGUGAGACUGUCCUUUGGGUGUUUCAGUGGGUCUUUGUCCUUUUGGUGCGAUUACUUUUACAUGACUAGUCUGUCCCUCUUCUCGUAUUGAUCUGCUACUCUGUAAUAGUCUGUGAUUCGGGGGUUUGACUCUGGGCUUGUAUACCACUGCAUGUGUAUUUGCAGGCCAUUUGUAGUCCACUGUCUUUUCUAAGGCUGCCAAUUUUAAAAAGGGAAACGUCUUGUUUUUAAUGUAAAUUUCUGUAUAGUAAUCAACACAACUGUGUCAUUACAGAUGUUUUAUUGAUCUCUUCUACUUUAAUCAAAGACAAGACACACUGCGUCUUGUUCUUCAAAUUCCCCUCCCACUGAAUAAAUGCAGUGUGUUCACAUAAGAUGUUUGUUUCACAAAUUGAUUUUAGAAAUAAAUGAUCUGCCUCUUGCUA